AUGGAAGCUAAAACUAAGUCAUGCGUAGUUCUACCUUUUCUUCUAUUGGUUGCAAUUUUCAUGCAACAAUGUGUCCAUGGAGAAUCGCAAGUGCCCUGCCUUUUUGUCUUUGGGGACUCUCUGUCUGAUAACGGAAAUAAUAACAACCUUCCAAGCACUACAAAGUCCAAUUACAAACCAUAUGGCAUCGACUUCCCAACCGGCCCAACAGGACGAUUUACGAAUGGACAAACAUCUAUUGACCUAAUUGCUCAACUACUGGGAUUUGAGAAUUUCAUCCCACCCUUUGCAAACACUAGUGGCUCAGACACACUUAAGGGUGUGAACUAUGCAUCCGGAGCAGCUGGGAUUCUACCAGAGAGUGGUACACAUAUGGGUGCCAACAUCAAUUUGAGGGUACAAAUGUUAAAUCACCUAUUCAUGUACUCCACAAUUGCUAUCAAACUUGGAGGUUUUGUCAAAGCUAAACAGUACCUCAACAAGUGUUUGUACUACGUUAAUAUAGGAAGCAAUGAUUACAUAAACAAUUACUUCCUUCCCCAGUUUUACCUAACAAGCCGCAUCUAUACCCCUGAUCAAUAUGCCAACAUUCUUAUUGCCCAGCUAUCUCAGUAUAUGCAGACACUGCAUGACGAAGUUGGGGCCAGAAAAUUCGUGCUAGUUGGGAUGGGUCUUAUAGGUUGCACUCCAAAUGCCAUCUCUACCCAUAAUACAAAUGGAUCUUGCGUUGAGGAGAUGAAUAAUGCUACGUUCAUGUUCAAUGCAAAGCUUAAAUCUAAAGUGGACCAAUUCAACAACAAGUUCUCUGCUGAUUCCAAAUUCAUCUUUAUAAACAGCACAUCCGGAGGCCUUGAUAGUUCUCUUGGUUUCACUGUUGCAAAUGCUUCUUGCUGCCCAUCAUUGGGGACAAAUGGGUUAUGUAUUCCUAAUCAAACGCCAUGCCAGAAUCGAACCACUUAUGUGUUUUGGGAUCAAUUCCAUCCCACCGAAGCUGUCAACCGAAUCAUUGCAAUAAAUUCAUAUAAUGGUUCUAAUCCAGCCCUCACUUACCCAAUGGAUAUCAAGCACCUUGUUGGGUUCUGA